AUGACAAAAGAAAAAAUUUUACUGGUAGAAAAAAGUGACAACAACAUAGCAACACUCAUAGAACAAGACAACAAUACUUCUACAUAUAAUAAAGAGGUUAUUGAAGUCAAUACACUUAAUGAAGAUAACAACAAAACAACAACAUAUGACAAAGAGGUUUCUGAGACUAGUACAGCUAUUCCAGGAACCACUAAUCCUGCUAACAAAGAAAAAAACCCAUACUUGCAAGAUAAUAUAUCUAUUACUAAUAACAACAAUAAAAGAAACUCUACACUAAGUAAAAAUAAGAACCUCUUAUCUGACCCAGUACUAGCACAUCAUGAUGAACUGGCUGCACUGUAUUUUAAUGCAGAACCACAGGCAGAAAACAAAAAUAUAGAUGAAACAUUACCUGAAACAUUACCUAUAAUGAAAGUUGACAAUGAGAAGGCUCCUAUGCUAUUUUGCCCUUCUAAGAGCUUAUUAGAACAAACUAAAGCUCAAGUUUUAAAUAGCUAA